AUGUCUUUCGUCAAUCCAUUUUACAUUGUACGCCUGUAUGCAGAUAGGUAUGUUUCCAUAUCUAUCUAUCUAUCUAUCUAUCUAUCUAUCUAUCUAUCUAUCUAUCUAUCUAUCUAUCUAUCUAUCUCAGUCUGUUUAUUAUCUAUCUAUCUAUCUAUCUAUCUAUUAUCUCAAUCUGCCCAUUAUCUAUCUAUCUAUCUAUCUCAAUCUAUCUAUCUAUCUCAAUCUGCCCAUUAUCUAUCUAUCAUUCAUUCAUCUAUCUAUCUAUCUAUCUAUCUAUCUAUCUAUCUAUCUCAGUCUGUUCAUAUCUAUCUAUCUAUCUAUCUAUCUAUCUAUCUACAUUUCCCAAUUUGCUUCCAAGUCUAUUUAGUUUUUUCCAUAAUUUUUUUCUCUCUUUCUCCUCCCACCCUUUCUUCCCUUCUCUCUAUAUCCAGACUUUCUCUCUUUCUCUUUAUUCCUAUUCAUCUAUCUAUCUAUCUAUCUAUCUAUCUAUCUAUCUGCCUUUUCCAUCUAUCUAUCUAUCUAUCUAUCUAUCUAUCUAUCUAUCUCAUUCUGUUCACAUCUAUCUAUCUAUCUAUCUAUCUAUCUAUCUAUCUAUCUAUCUAUCUAUCUAUCUAUCUAUCUAAACCAGCAUCACUUCCAACAUUCAAUGAUAUACCAAUUUUCUCUUUCUUUUCCUUCCUUCCUUUUUCCACCUUCAACCUGCCAGAUUUUCCCCGGCACCCGACACCAAAGAUCGGCAGCAGAAUGGAUAACUGA